UUGGCGAUCUUUUCUAAUCUUGGAGCAGAGUAAAUUUAAUGUUUUCUAUAUAUUUUUAAUAAGUGCUAGAUCUUUUUAAUUUAUUUCGUGAGGAUAAGUUUUCAACCAUUAAUGAAUAUUCUCUUGUAAGGUUUGUUGGAUAUAAAGUGUGCUCAUAUGGUGUAUUCAGUAGGAUAAUGAGCAAAAAACCUAAUUACAAAAUAUACUGUAAUCAGUUUGCGCUGAGGAAUAGUCAGUGAAAAGAACACGUGUCAAACCGGUAAUCGAUCACUUGCUGAGACGGACAACACAACUGUAAACGAACGAGAUAUAUACUGGGUGUCAUUUGGAUGUACUUCAAAGCUUGUUCGACAACAGUUCAACUACUAGGAGAUGACAUACAGUACUUUUCCGCGGACGAACCACUCUUAGUCGAAUGCGAAUUAACCGGUGUGACCUCGUCAAUAGAAUUUCGAUUCAAUUCGAUUCGAGUUGUUGAUUGUGAUCCAGUGUUCGGUUGCACUAGAGAUGAUACGGAUUUUAACGUUACGAAAAGGGUAUCGAAUAACAUUACUCAUUACAUUCUCCACACUGUAAAUAAUUUCGAUGAAACACUAUGUGGAGUCGUCAAAUGUACAGACACAUCAAAUAGCAACAGCGAUACAGUUAAUGUGUCGUACAAAGGUUUUAACAAUAACACCUACGAUGUUGAUGAACAAGACGAGUCGUUGAUGAUUUCAACAAUGUGCCUGUUCCCUGCAAAGCCAGAGUACAUGAACAUUUCUUAUUACUAUUAUGAAAAAGAUUCUUCACUACGACUUCCUCUUGCUACAGAUACAUCCUUCAUCGAACCCGUAAACAUUACUACACCAUGCACAAACGUUACUUGCAAUUCUGACAAAGCAGGAUCCUUUUCGUACAGUUUGAAAUUUGACAACCGUACAGGACAGUUCAUACAUGCCUAUGUCGAAGUACACAUUGUCCAUUCGUUGUUCAAGAACAAACCAUUAAUAUGGCGGACUUCAAAAACAUAUCCUGUCAAAGUUGAUUCCGGAGGAAAGUCAGGUGGUUUAAGUGAUGGAGCGAAAGCUGGAAUUGGAGUGGCAUCUGCUGUUGGUGCUGCUCUUAUUAUUACUGGUGCUGCUGUUGUCGGGCGUAAGAUGUUUCAGUUAAACAGAACUAAAGGUGUUCAGAGACGAAUAAAACAAAGGACUCCUUCUGAUGUAAACAGAAGUAAAAACGAAGCACACAAAAAAAUGGAUGCAGUCGAAGCAAAUGCUCUUUUUUCAAAUAUUAGCAAGGAAAUAAAAAGUCGUUUAGCCGAAGCUGCAACCUUCGAGAAAAGUGAAAACACAAACAACGACGACCAAAGUAUAUUACCAACGUUUUUUUACAUAAUGGUCUGUGGUAAUGUAACAAUUGAUGAAAUGACUAUCGGCCAAAAUUGUGGAUUUGGAGAGCUUUCCCUUGUUUACGGUUUCAAACAUGAUACGGCGUUUGAUAAGAUGAAAAUGACAGUUCAAGAACAUGACGAGAGGAAACAUAACAAAGUCCCAAAGAUUUAUGCAGUGACUAGAGCAAACACUGUGAAGUUCCAAAGGAAUGCAAAGUUCUUGAAGAUAGCGAAACAUCACUAUGAAGAUAUUUUGAUGCAACGCGAUGAAUGGAAGUGGAAUGUAUACAGUGAACUAUUGUGUAAUGUUCUAAGGGACAAAUGCGACGGCUACAUUAAACACAAGGUCGCAGGUGCUCUAAAGCCAGUGGUGUUUUACAAAGGAGAUGAGAUUGUAACAAUCGACCAGAGUGCACAUUCUCUAUAUUUAAUAAUAGAGGGUUCAGCUGUUAUUAAUAGAAAAGCUCCUCCUCCGCGCUUUGCAUAUGUUGGUAUGAGAGAAGCUCGCUUAGAUGAAGAUAAAACAUUGGGGUAUGACAUGCCGGGAGGAAACAUACGAGACAUUACUACUCGAGACAAUGAUCAGGGUCAAGAAACCGAUGCCAUCGCACGUAACGAUGUAGAAUUCGGAAGACUUGACGCAAUUGAUAUGACUGCGUUUCUGGAUCAUGCCAAGAGAACAGCCACUGUAACUGCCAAGUCAACAGUCCUUUGCGUUGAACUAGACUAUGAUAUCAUAAAACAUCUGAAAAAACCGUUUGACACUAUAUUUAAUACACCUAUUAAAUUACAAACUAAAAAUAGACCUCAUCGUGGCAUCAACGUCAAUCAUCUUUAAUGAACAUAUUUUAUCGAACGAAGUCUGAAAGUGUUACGGGAAAGCUUUUUUCUUAAAAAUAUACAAAAUGGGGAGAGGCGAUAUGGUCUCUAUUGUUGUUAAAUUUGACAAUGUGAAUGUAUCGCCUUGCAAAGGCGAAUAACGCUGUAAAUAUUAUUUUUUUUAAAUUGUCACUAUCCAUUAUUUGUAUUACAAAAAAAGAAUAACAGUGUGAAUCAAAACUGUCAAACAUAAAUAAUCUUUAGGCGGUAUAUACAAAAAAGUGAAUAUGUUUAUAAUAAUAAUGAUAUGGUAUUUUACAUAUAAAUCACAUUGCACUAUUUAUUUAAAGCUUACUUUUUGUUAAUAGUACUAGUAUCAUUAUCCUUUAUGGUAGUGUGAAUGAUGAUUUAUGACACUUCAAACCAACAUCAUUGAAAAAUAAAGUGACACGCUCCGUGACUCCAUCUCAUAUAGUCGACUCUUUGAAAUAUGAUAAAUGUCACAUACAUUUUACGUUAAGUAUAAUAUAAAUGGUGACGAGGUAUUUCAACUACUUUGUUUAGAACCACAUAUCACUGCUCGUAUGUGUCAACUCCCCGUACGCAUGCUUUUAAAGGACAUUGAGCUAAUGUUAUUUAAAAAGUUGUACAUACAUUUGUGCAUAUCAAAAUUAUUUCUGCUCUUGAUUUAUAUUUUGAAAAUCUUUUUUUGUUGUAAGUUAUCGUAAUGUGUAUAAAUGUUUUAAUAUUGCUUAAGAGAAAGAUGCAGAAUCAUUCUUGAUAAUUCAAUUGAAGCUCCAACAACAAGCGGCCGAUACAUUACUUAUGUUUUGUUAAAUGACUAAACCUUAACGAAUUGUAUUCUAUGCGGUUAUUGUGAUGUUGUUUGAAUGGGAUGAUGAAUAAACCUUCACCUUUCUUAUUA